AUGUCCCCAAUGUCCCCAAUGCAGGGUUCGCAUUCCCAGAGUGGGCUCAGUGAUGAUGUCACCGUUAUCACGGUGAUGAUGUCACUGCUGUCACAUGACGAUGUCCCCGCUGUCCCCGCAGGGUUCGCGUUCCCAGAGUGGGCGUACAAGGCGGAGUCGAGCCCCGGCUCGCGGCAGAUUCAGCUCUGGCACUUCAUCCUGGAGCUGCUGCGGCAGGAGCAGUACCGCGAGGUCAUCGCCUGGCAGGGCGACUACGGCGAGUUCGUCAUCAAGGACCCCGACGAGGUGGCCCGGCUGUGGGGGGUGCGCAAGUGCAAGCCCCACAUGAACUACGACAAGCUCAGCCGCGCCCUCAGGUAUUACUACAACAAGCGCAUUCUCCACAAGACCAAAGGCAAACGCUUCACCUACAAAUUCAACUUCAACAAACUCGUGCUGGUGAAUUAUCCCUUCAUCGACCUGGGGCUGGCA